AUGGGCGGAAGUCCCGAUGGACAUCGACUAGCCGCCGCGGCCAGGCAAUCUACGUUCAAUGCGGCGCAUGGCCAAUUCAGCGUCACGAACCUCACCGGAAGGAAGGCAUCUCUUAUGCGCAAGUUGGAAGGUAAAACGGCAAUCGUCACCGGCGGCUCUCGCGGCAUUGGAGCCAAUAUCUGCGAAUGUCUUGCCGCGGCAGGUGCCCAGGUCGUCGUGAACUAUGCCCACAACGAACAAGCGGCCGCCGAAGUGGUCGAGCGAAUCGAGGCUAGCGGAGGUAUCGCGGUUGCGGUUCAAGCGGACGUUUCCAGUUCGACCGAUGUUGCUCGGCUGUUCGAUGCGGCGGAAGAGAAGUUCGGCAAAGUCGAUGUUCUGGUCAACAAUGCCGGGAUUGUUCAUUACAAGACGAUCGAAGAGACGACCGACGAAGAGUUCGCCAAGCUGAUGGCCACGAACGUCAGCGGCGUCUUCUAUGGCAUGCGUGAGGCUUCUCGGCGAUUGGCCGAUGGAGGUAGGAUCAUUUCGAUCUCGUCGUCAGCGGCACGCAUGUUUCUGCCAACAUAUGGUCCUUACUGUGCGACCAAGGGAGCGAUCGAACAGCUCUCGCGAAGCUUGGCGAAAGAGUUGGGACUUGGCGAACCAGAAGAUAUGGGCCCCGUCAUUGUCUUUCUGGCCAGUAGCGACGGAGGCUGGAUCACCGGUCAGGGAGAUUCCCUUCCAUUACGACUUCCUCCUUUAUCCCUUCCUCUGGAGAUGUUGCUGAUGUCUGUUCCUUUCCGAUCGCGUCGCGGAUUCACGCUUGUGGAACUGCUGGUGGUGAUCGCCAUCAUUGGUGUUCUGAUUGCUCUUUUGCUUCCGGCGGUCCAGCAAGCGCGUGAAGCGGCUCGGCGGAUGCAAUGCACCAACCACCUCAAGCAGCUUGGCUUGGCGAUCCACAACUAUCACGACACCUACGGCAAGUUGCCGUACAACGCGGUGCCGCAGCUAGGCAGCGUGGGGGAUCGGCAGCGUGGCCCUUCGUGGUUCGUCCGCAUGCUUCCUUUCAUGGAACAGAAUGCCGCUUACGAUCAAUUUGAAUUCGCAGGCGACUGGACGAUGCAGGAUGGGCCAAGUCCCAAUGCUGCGAUUCUUGGCCAGCUGCGCGUGCCUGGCUUCAAUUGCCCAUCGAGUCCACUGCCUGAAGUCGAAACGCAGUCGACCAACGCCAACGGCAGUGUUGAUUUGCAAGUGGCCAACUAUGUCGGCAUUACCGGUUCUUACUUUCAGGGAGGCACCACGAGCGUGGUAUCGACUUCGCCUCAAGACAGCAGCUACGGCGACGCGGUUUACAACGGGAUGAUCGUUCCGAUCAAUUCCAAGAGUCGCGCGAUUGGCUUGGAAGCUGUGACCGACGGUACCAGUAACACGAUGAUGGUCAGCGAGCAAAGCGACUACUUUUAUAACGCGUCGGGAACCAAGAUCGCUCGCCGAAGUUCCGGGCAUGCCGGUCGCACUUGGGGCAACGGCGGUGGUGCUGGAACGUGGACGUCCAACGUCACCACGGUGCGAUACGCCAUUGCUACCGAAGGUGGGACUGGUAACGCCGCGAACUAUAACGUCAACGUCGCAUUGAUCUCGGCCCAUCCAGGCGGCGUGAACUUGGCGUUAGGGGAUGCAAGCGUCCGUUUUCUGGCGGAAACGAUCGACUUUGCCAUUCUGACUGGACUUGCGGAUCGUCAAGAUGGCGCGGUCCUGGGUGAAUUCUAA